AUUCAGCAGCUGCAACACCGCCUGGACAAGAGCAGUCCCGGAGCGAGCCCCAUCUCCCUGGCCCUAGCACCGCCUCCCACCUGCACCACACUAGGGACUGUGACCUUGAGCUGAGCAGCGGCUCCAUUCGCAUUUCUGCUUUUACUGGAGGAGGGGGGAGAAAAAAACGGAAAACAAAAACAUUUCUCUCUCUGUUUACACUUCAUGGGGAUGUGUUCAAGGCAGGAGAGGAUACAGACAGACAUAGACAGCGUACUCCAGAGGUGCAAGGCGGACAAGGACUGCCUGUUUUCCGAUUUCAGAUAUUCCGAUUCCACCUUCACCUACACAUAUACAAGAGGCGCGAAGAGGGUGUCCUAUUCAGUUCACGUCUCUGAGGAUUAUCCAGACAAUACGUAUGUGUCAAAUUCAGAGAAUGAUGAUGAUGUGCUAGUCACGAGAGACCCCAUUCCAGUAAUUUUCCAAAGAAUAGCAACAGAAUUAAGGAUCAAUAAUGAUGCCACGAGUUGCCUGUCAGUCAGAACAAAGCUGCACAAUGAGAGGUGCCAGGAUUCCAGACACAACUGCACAAUAGAUGAGGAUUCAGAAGGAGACAAUGAUUCGGAAGAAUUUUAUUACGUGGGUCAGGGUAACUAUGAUGGUGAACUUCAUAAGCACCCGCAGCUUGAAGCUGACCUGGCAGCUGUGAGAGAGAUCUAUGGGCCCGGCGCAGUAUCCCUCAGGGAGUAUGGAGCAAUUGAUGAUGUGGAUAUCGACUUGCACAUUGACGUCAGCUUCCUCGAUGAGGAGAUUGCUAUUGCUUGGGACGUAAUUCGUACAGAACCUGUGAUAGUGCGGCUGCAUUGCUCUCUCACACAAUAUUUGAAUGGCCCAGUUCCAACAGUUGAUGUUUUCCAGACAUCAACAAAGGAUCGAUUUGGACUGGGACAUCAAUUGAAAAAAAUUAUGCAGACUUUUGUUACGCAGCAGUGGAAGCAGAACAGCAAAGAGAAGCUCAAUUGUCCCCAUGGCAAAAAGAUUAGUGAGAAGAAGGUGAAAUCUCCUCUGCACAUUUUUUCAUCGUUGCGCAGGUCGCCAAGUUAUCCUCCGCCUGGAUGUGGCAAAAGCAAAUCAAAGUUGAAACCAGAACAAGAUGGGAUUGCCAAAUCGCAGAAACUGUUAAAGAGAAACUGUUCCAAUACUAUCAAGGUGGAAGAUGGUUGUGACUCCAAACCUCACAAACCUCUUGGCCGUUCUUUCUCCAGUGACCCCAGAGCUGAACAGGCUAAUUCUGCAAAGCCACAUAAACUUUUAAGUCGGUCAUGUUCUGCUACCAUGAGGUUAGAUGAAAAUCUUCCUUUGAAGCCCCAUAAGUUACUGAGCAGGACAUGUUCUGGCGACCCCAGAUGUGAGCACAACAGUGUCCCGAAGCCACAUAAGCUGCUGAGCAAAUCCUGUUCCAGCACUCUGAAGACAGAGGACUCAGAUGGACUGAAACAUCACAAACUGCUGAGCAGGUCCUACUCUAGCAAUGCCAAAGUGGGUAAAACAGAUCUGUGCAAAGAGCCCACUUCUGAGGGUAGAAGACUCUCACUUACCUCAGGUCUCAUUGGCAUAUUAGCGCCUUCCUCUUCAUCACAGCCUACGUCUGGCUAUAAUGCGAGAACACUAGCGUCAAGGGAGCAUGGGUUUCUCGUACAGACAAUUGAGUAUGCAGAGCAGAGGAUACCAAUCCUUAAUGAGUACUGCGUGGUGUGUGAUGAGCCCCAUGUCUUUCAGAAUGGGCCAAUGCUCCGGCCCACAGUAUGUGAGCGGGAGCUGUGUGUAUUUGCUUUCCAGACUUUGGGAGUAAUGAAUGAAGCUGCGGACGAAAUUGCAACAGGGGCCCAGGUGGUGGAUUUGUUAGUGUCUAUGUGCCGAUCUGCUCUGGAAUCUCCCAGAAAAGUGGUCAUUUUUGAGCCAUAUCCAUCUGUGGUGGAUCCCCUUGAUCAUCGGAGCCUGGCAUUUAACCCAAGGAAAAAAGACUAUGAACGAUUAGUUAAAGCACUGGACAGCAUCACAUCCAUCAGGGAAAUGACCCAGGCACCAUACUUGGAAAUCAAGAAACAAAUGGACAAGCAGGAUCCUCUGGCACAUCCUCUGUUACAAUGGAUUAUUUCCAGUAACAGAUCCCAUAUUGUAAAAUUACCUGCAAACAGGCAAUUAAAGUUCAUGCACACUCCACACCAGUUCCUGCUCCUCAGCAGCCCACCGGCCAAAGAAUCCAACUUCAGGGCAGCAAAGAAACUUUAUGGGAGCACUUUUGCUUUUCAUGGCUCACAUAUAGAGAACUGGCACUCCAUUUUGAGGAAUGGUUUAAUUGUCGCAUCAAAUACACGAUUACAGCUUCAUGGUGCAGUGUACGGGAAUGGCAUCUAUCUUAGCCCAUUGUCAAGUAUUUCUUUUGGUUACUCAGGGAUGAAUAAAAAGCAGCAGAAGGUGGCAGCCAAGGAUGAACAGCCUUCAAACAAUAAAGCAGCCACUUUACAGUCACAGAAAAAAGGACAGCAGCCCCAGUUUUUGCAGAGUCGUAACCUGAAGUGUAUAGCCUUAUGUGAAGUGAUUACUUCACCAGAUUUGCACAAACAUGGAGAAAUUUGGGUAGUUCCACAAACAGAUCAUGUCUGCACAAGAUUCUUCUUUGUUUAUGAAGAUGGCCAAGUGGGUGAUAUAAGUACGAACACACAAGAACCCAGCAUUCAUAAAGAAAUCCUUCGGGUCAUUGGAAACCAGACAGCAACAGGUUAAAAGAUUCACACAUCGUCACUGACUGGAUCAGAAUACCUUUUCUGGCUUUUAAGCUGCAGUGCAGUUUUGAACUAAAAUAUUAACAAUCUAAUUUCAAAUGCACAAACAUAAGAUUUUGAAUAACGCACUUUAAUUUCCAGAUUUCUUACCUGAACCUAACAACAUUUUAGUAUUGCCAAGUCUGGAGUGUAGGUGUUGUCGAAUGUUGACCUUGUUAUAAUAGGUUUUCCUGGAAAAGAUGCAUUGGCCCCAAUUUUAUUCAGCUUUGGCACUGGUAGAGCAUUGAGUGUGAGAUUGAGUGCAGUUGUGACCAGGUUGUACUCCUGUGCUGAUUCAUGAAAUUUUGGGUCUUGACAAGGUGUAGACCUGUGUAGAAUCUGCACUGAGUGAUAUACAUGGGGCCUUUGCCCCUCUGGCAUGUAGGAAUACUGGGAUGGAAAGGCUUGCCUCAGUCAUCAGCUGAUUCAAGGAGCCAUUUUCCUUCCACAUUUAUCAAGUGUUUUUCUUUAUUCAUAAAUAUCUCUAAGUUUUAGGAACACUGAUAUAACCCUGUCCCGUCAGGAACAGGAGUCUGUUUUUUAAAAAGUCAGUGUGUGUUAUAACACCCUGGCUGUGCCAGCCAAACCAUGAUUUUAUUUAUGUUUUGAAAAAGAUAAUAAUUACAGCGGCAAAAAGAAAUAAUAAUAAAAAAAACUGCCUGGGGUGCUUUGAUUGCAGGCCUAAGUGGAGCCAACCCCUUUCUAAUGUGCCAUAGUGAUGCCACCUUUUAUAUGAAAAAGACCCUUUUUUAACUCUUGGUGGCGAUGAGCGUUGGUGCUGGCUGCCUCUACAAAUUCCUUUUACACCUGAGUAAAAGUAAUAAGAUGUCAACGCAUUGAGAAAUGGUCUGCCAAAAUGUACAUUUUUUAACUAGAGGUAUAGUGCAAGACUUUAGACUAUUGAGACAAUAAAAGAUACUCAUUUUGAUAUCCUGACUAGUCCAAAAAUACACUGUUCUUUUCCAUAAAAGUGGCACAGUUAUGUUGAAAAUAAGGAGCGGUCUUCAACCCUAUCUACAAGAAGAAACUUACUGUACUGCUGAACUGUUUUAUCAUUGGCUCUUGCUGAAAAGGACUUCUUUACAGACAGUACACUCUCGCUUCUAGUUCCCUGAUGGAAUUAGUGCAUUUGAUCUUAAACCUUUUAAUUCUGUCGGUGUUGAAUUCCCUACUGAUAAAAUUUCUACAUGAACGUUUGCUGGGUUUUGGUGGGUAUUAUUUUCAAAAAAGGAGAAAAAAAAGCAAGAAUUUUUGUAACUAUUUUGAUCCAGUAUUAUGAUCUUUAAGUAAAGCAUGUGGAUGUGACCACAUGGCACCAAAUUGGUGGUGCCAUCAUCACAUGACAGGAUAAUUGGCUUCUGUUUUGAAAAGUUUAAUUUUGCAAGUAAAGUCUGUGGUAAUGUUGGGUAUUUUAUUUGCGGCACAAUCCCCUCUCAAUCUAUCAUGUAAGAAAGACAAAAUCAUGUUACUCUUGGCUUUAUUUAAGGCCUAUAAAAACAAAUUAGGUAAUUUUUUUGUUUAUAUGUAUUAAUGUGUGUCACAUGUUGAAUUAUAGAGGAGUUCACGCUGGAGAGAAUUAUGCAGCCCACGUUAUAUGUGUUAUAACCAUGCAGACAGGGAAGUGAUGGCAUGAAGAGAGUAUUGCAAUCUUUAUAUUUUUCAUUAAAGUUGUUCAAAAUUACAGACUUAAUCUAGAUACAAGCACAAAACACUUUACAAUGCUUACUCCACCCUUCUUUAUCAAACACCGUGAAAACCAACAUUUAAUUUGAAACUCUUCAAUUACAAAGAGUUUUAUAAUGAGUACUCUUCAGAAUGCUUUUCCCUGUUUCAUUCCUCUUUGCUGUCUCCCUUCAUAUUGGUGGUACUGACUUCAGCUUAAAACAGUUAAAAAAAAAUUAAAAUAUCAGGUAUGGAAAAAGUUUACAAAUCAAACUUUCUAUGGACUUGAGAUUGUUUAAAAUACAACACUCGCAUCCUUUGAAUACAUCUUACAUUAACAUUGGAUUGUCUUAACAUUUCUGAUGUGUCAUUUUGAAACAGUCAUUCUUGGUAACACUUUUCAAAGUUGGAAGACGCAUAUUACAAACACAUGUAUGUAAUAAGGAAUGUAGGAAUGUACACAUUGUAAACUAAUUCGUCAAAACAGAUUUCAACAAUUUCAGCAUAUAUUGUAUACUUGUAUCAUUUUGUCAAAAUUAGGAAGGUUUGAUGAGAUCUCUAGUCAUUGUCAUUUGAUUUAAAACCACAUCAGAAUUCAUUGUCAUUAUUCAUAGUUUAUACAAUUUUAAAAUUACGUUUUUGUUCUACAUUUUUAACAUAUGUCACUUCUUUCAUCCAAUAAUGGAGUUUGUUCACACUGCCACCCACCUGUUUUUAGUAUAGUAUCAAAUCAUCAUUACAGCACUAUCUGGAUGUCCGCAGUGCAGUUAACAGGCCCUCAGUCAGGAACUGAGGAUAACUAUUCAGGCAAUCGGCAUUGUGUAUUUAAAAUUGCCCUUAUGAAUAAACUGGGGAUGUAUAUGUUUACAUUGAAACUUACUGCAGCUAAUAACUCUUCCACUGAUUUUGUUUUAGAUUAAUUAGGAGUGAAAAUUAACUUCAGUAGGGCCACAAAAUGGGCGGUAACAGAUUAAAAUCAAAGGAAAAGAAAAUCAAAAGGAUGAAUAAUAGACAACCAAUCUGUUAAUGCUCAUUUUAUGCCUCUGCCAAAGAGGAAUUUUACACAGUAAUGUUUUCCUUCUAUGUUAGUCAGCAAGUGGUACUUAUAUUUUUCAUCAAUGUGUGACAGCUUUGGUUUUAGUAAUAGUAGCAUGAGUAGAAUGCCUGUAUGUUCAUUCCAGUUAGUACCAUGAUAAAGUGAACAUUUUCCUUU